AUGGACGCUCUCAGUCUGUCACCCUUCAGCUCCUUUUCCUUGUUCUCUUCCCUCUCUAAUAAUAUUUAAACCUCUAACCUCAUUAUUAAAUCCACAUCAACUAUAAAUACAAAUCUCUCAGAUGACAACAGUUAGCACUCAACAGACGAGUCAAUAGAAGAGAUCACUGAUGCUGAAAUAAAUGAGUUGAUGAUAAUGGACAUGGUCAGGCAUGGUUUUAAGAGUGAAGUGCCUAAGAGUCCUGUAGCUAAGUCACACAAUAAAAAGUCAUAAGAAAAUACAAAGAUGAAAUCUGAAGUCAAGAAACCAGUUCAGUUAAGUCUGAAUAGUUUCUUUAAGCCAAAGGCAACACCCUCAACUAAACUCACUCUCCCUUAAUAAUAAUAAACGAGCACAAGACCAUUUCAAUAGAAUAAUGCAAAGAAUUCCAGUGAAGAUUAUCAGUUAGGAGAUUUAGGAUCAAGAAAAAUCUAUCCUCAAGAAUAUGAUUAGGUUGGGAUCAUAGGUGAAGGAUACCUCACUAGAAUCUCAUUUUCUUAUAAAUGA